UUGGAUUGCUGCGCGCAAGGUCAUUAUAGACAGUCGCAUAUACUCUCGUUAUAUAUCUAUAUUCAUCAUUCUUAAUUAUCACUACAAUAUUUUCUCCAAUUUAUUACCUACUUACACCUACCACACCACAUCCUCAACAUCAACAUCAACCACCAUUUAACCCCGCAUACUCCCUCCCCUCUCUCAAAUUCCACACCACAAUUAGACCACGCAAACAAUAUACAUUACAAGAUAAAAGCACAUAAAAUGGGCGACCAUGUCCUCUUCUUCUAUGGAACCCUAAUGGCCCCUCCCAUCCUCCACCGCGUAAUCCACGGCAACUCCACUCCAGAACCAUGGCAAAAGGCUCUCCUGACAAUCAAGCCGGCAAUACUGCAUGGCUAUCGACGCCAUCGCGUCCGGUAUGCGGAUUAUCCGGGUAUUAUACCCACCACAUCUUCAUCUUCAUCUGGUGAUACUGCUACCGGUGAUGAGGCAUCUGUGCUAGGCACAGUAGUGUGGGGAUUAACAGACGGGGACGUGUAUCGAUUGGAUCGGUUCGAGGGGAGUGAGUAUGAGAAGAGGGCGGUUAGGGUGAGGGUUCUAAAUCAUCAGCAGCAGGGUGAAGGUGAGGGUGGUACCGGGGAGAUACAAGAGGUGUUAGGUGCAGCGGAGACAGAGGGCAGCGGUGAGACCAAGGAAGGGGAGGAAGUAGAGGCCGUUACGUAUGUGUGGACUGCUGGAAAGGAGCGGUUAGAGAACGCGGAGUGGGAUUUUGAGGCGUUCAAGAGGGAUAAGAUGGCGUGGUGGGUGCAGGCGGAUGAGAGGGAUUGGUAGGUAGUAGACAUAGAAAGAAUAGUUUCAGC